AUGCAGAUCUUUGUGAAAACCCUAACGGGGAAGACGAUAAUCCUGAAGGUUGAAUCAUCAAACAAUAAGCGUUAUAAGAUCAAGCACAGGCACAAGGAGGUGAAGCUCGCGGUUUUGCAGUUUUACAAGGUCGUUGGAACAGGGAAGGUUCAGAGGCUGAGGAAAGAGUGUCUUUCGGUAAGUUGUGGUACUGGAACUUUCCGGUUUACUGGCUUUUACAGAACUUUCAUGGCUAGUCAUUUCGAUAGGCAUUACUGUGGGAAGUGUGGAACCACUUAUGUCUUCAAGUAA